AUGACAAAUUUCAUGAUGGAUUAUGAGUUCAAAAUGAAAACCCAGAAUGAGAGGGUGAAAGUUGAAGAUCUGUUCGAUUACGAGGGAUGCAAAGUUGGUAGAGGCACGUACGGUCACGUAUACAAAGGCCGAAGAAAAGACGGAUCGGACACUAAAGACUAUGCCCUCAAACAAAUUGAGGGUACUGGUUUGUCUAUGUCUGCAUGUAGAGAAAUUGCUCUCUUGAGAGAACUAAAACACCCCAAUGUAAUAAACCUGAUCAGGGUAUUUUUAUCUCACAAUGACAGAAAAGUUUGGUUGCUCUUUGAUUUUGCAGAGCAUGAUCUGUGGCAUAUCAUAAAAUUCCAUAGAGCUGCUAAGGCAAACAAGAAGCCAGUGAUGGUUCCAAAAGGGAUGGUAAAGUCACUGCUUUACCAGAUUCUAGAUGGAAUCCAUUAUCUUCACUCAAAUUGGGUACUGCACAGAGACCUGAAACCGGCCAAUAUCCUGGUGAUGGGCGAGGGACCUGAAAGAGGCAGGGUAAAAAUAGCGGACAUGGGGUUUGCCAGAUUGUUCAACGCACCCCUCAAGCCGCUGGCCGAUCUCGACCCUGUCGUGGUGACAUUUUGGUAUCGCGCCCCCGAGCUGUUGCUAGGCGCCAGGCACUACACCAAAGCAAUAGAUAUUUGGGCGAUAGGCUGCAUAUUCGCCGAACUGCUGACGUCCGAGCCGAUCUUCCAUUGUCGACAGGAAGACAUAAAGACCAGCAAUCCGUACCACCACGACCAGCUGGACAGGAUAUUCAACGUAAUGGGAUUCCCACACGAGAAGGAUUGGGAGGACAUCAAGAAGAUGCCGGAGCAUCCUACCCUCCUGAAAGACUUCAAGAAGACAAACUAUGUGAAUUGCUCUUUGGUGAAGUACAUGGACAGGCACAAGAUAAAGCAGGACAGCAAGGCUUUCCACCUCCUGCAGAAGUUGCUCCUCAUGGAUCCGAACAAACGCAUAACGUCCGAGCAGGCCAUGCAGGAUCCUUACUUUGCCGAAGAUCCUCUUCCUACGCAGGACGUUUUUGCAGGCUGUCCCAUUCCUUAUCCGAAAAGGGAGUUUUUGACUGACGACGACCAAGACGAGAAGUCCGACAACAAGAGACAGAACCAGCAGCAGCAACAGCCCCAGCAGCAGCAACAACAACAGCAGCAGCAGCAACAGCAGCAGCAACAACAGCAGCAACAGCAGCAGCAACAACAGCAACAGUCCGGCCAGCAGGACAACCACAAUCCCGCGAAAAGGGUGAGGAUGACGGGACCUCAAGGUCAUCCCGGACAG